AGUCGGCAGACUCACACACACUCACACGCUCAUACACACACACACUCACGGACACGCACACGCGCGCGCGCACUAAUCUCAGGUCGGUGUGGCCGGUGGAGCGCGGUACAGCUGGCUAUCGUGCGCUGUUCGGAUUUUUCCUACAUUAUAUAUCUCUAUGUAUAAUCUAGUCUGACUCAGAAAACUCUUUCUUUCUCGACUUGUGUCACAUUUGAUUUCGUCUUUAUUCGUUUUAUUUUUCGCUUACGACACAAAAAAGAACAAGAUGUCCAGAAAUCUGACGAUGAACCCAACUUUUGUACCGCUCCAAACUCACGGCGUACUGAAAUCGCUGCUGGAAAACCCGAUGAAGCUGCCGCUGCACCACGACGACGUUUUUGGCAAAGACAGAGCAGAGGAGAAGAAGUUGGACGAGGACCGGAAUGUGCCGCAGUCCGCUUUCCUGGGCCCAACCCUCUGGGAUAAAACUCUGCCUUACGAUGGGGAUAAUUUCCAGUUGGAGUACAUGAACCUGGAAGAGUUCCUCUCUGAAAAUGGCAUCCCUUCCAGUCCAUCGCAGCUCGACCAAAGCCACCAUCACCACCAACACCACCCCCAGCAGCAGCAGCAACACCAGCCCCAUCAGCCACAGCAGCCGCAGGCACAGCAGCAGCCAUGCCUGCAGCAGGCCUCAGUAUCAGUCAUGGACCUCAGCAACAGAGCCACCACGUCCAUCCACACAAGCAUGAUCCCUCAGACCUGCAUGCAGACCCCCAGCAGAUCAGUGUUGCCUCCAGCACGUAACACUCCCAGUCCUAUUGAUCCAGAAACCAUCCAAGUGCCAGUGAGCUAUGAGCUCCACCCUUCAGACCUGGCCCUGUCCAGUGUUCCCGGGCAGGAGACCUUUGACCCUCGUAAGCAUAAAUUCUCUGAGGAUGAGCUUAAGCCCCAACCCAUGAUCAAGAAGGCCCGGAAAGUCUUCAUUCCUGAGGACCUGAAGCAGGAUGACAAAUACUGGGCACGCCGCAAAAAGAACAACAUGGCUGCCAAGCGCUCGCGGGACGCCCGGCGCCUCAAGGAGAACCAGAUUGCCAUCAGAGCCGGCUUCCUGGAGAAAGAGAACUCCGCUCUCCGACAGGAAGUGUCUGACCUGCGGAAAGAGCUGGGCCGCUGUAAAAAUAUCAUAGGAAAGUAUGAAGCUCAGCACGGCCCCCUGUGAGGCCGUGGUCCCUGGGGGCCGUCGGGCCUGUGCGGUUUGAAGAACAAUGUAAUGGAGUAAGAUCCAUUCAGCAUCUGCUCCAGCCAAUAUUCACCUCAGUCUGUUCUUGGCACUUUAGAAAAGGCAGAGUACAUUUGGUGUAUAGUCAUGUGUAUAUUCCAUAUUUCUUGUCCGUGUUCUAUCAUAGUAGUUGGAAGCUACCAGGAAUGUUUUAUUUUUCCUUUUUCUCAUUAUUGUACAUACAACUUGAGUUUUUUUUUCUUAUUGUAGCAUUUUGUCCUACAUUUGUAUAAGAUAAAAUGCCUUUUAUGCUCUGUCUUAACAGCUACAUUGUUACAUAGUUUUAAUGAUAAAAUUUAUAAUCAAAUUUGUAACAACUCUACAUCUAGAAGAGUUGUCCCUCCAGCAUGUCCAUGUCCAGUGAGAAUGGUACAUGUGGUGCAUAAGCACAGCUAAAGUGGUGGAGAGACCUCAGGAUAGGUUUUAUUGUCUCUUUAAGGCCUAAUAUUCAUGCAGAGGAUUGAAUGUAGCAAGGUUAAAAUAUGUGAUGGAUUUAUAGUGUUUAUAUUACCAACAUAAUAUACAUCAAAUAUAUAAAUAUAAAUAUAAAAUGUUUUACUAAGAUGUCUGAUUGUAGUUGUCAUUAUACAAUGCACAUUGUAAGAUCUGGCUAGACUGUCUUUUUUGCAGCUUCCAGCGUACUGCUGAAGUCACGGUUGAGUACAAAAUUUUAGACAUUAUUUUAUUCCUAAUGUAAUCUGAAUUACAUCGUCUGGCUGACUUUUUUAUUAUUCCUGUUUUAACCCAAUCAGUGUACACUGAUUUAUACCUCCAAAAAAGCCAUAUUUAAUUUCCCCCUCCUUGUCAAGCCGGAUUAUUAUACCACACCUGUGGCAAUAAUUUCAUUGGAUGCUAUGUUAAACAUGUACAGGACAUGUGAUGUUAAAGAAUUUUCAUUUGGGAUGUUUUGUUUGUUAAAAUAAUGAUCAAGUAUUUUUUAGCACUGGCCAUUUCCAAAAAUUGGAAAUAAAUAUUUUGGACAGACUUGAUCAAACAAGUUACUGGUUGCCUUUUUCAACCGAUGUGAGAUGAAUGUAUAUGUAGGGUGUAUUUUGUGUCUCUGUGAAUAAACCUAUCACUCUCUGUUUCAGACCAAAAGAUAUAUAUUAUAAUAUAUUGUUAUAUUAAAUUAGAUGUUUUUACAAAGCUAUUCUUGUUUUUUUGUACAGUAUUUUCCUAUGAAUUUCUGAGAAUAUGUUUUAAGAGGUGUUUGACUACAUGGAAAACAUUCCAAAAUCUCAAGUGUAAUGCUCUAAUUUUGCUGGAAUUGUGCAUGGGCAUUAUUAUACAAUAAUCCAAAAGAUUAAUUUAACAUUUUCAACACUUUCUUUAUUGAACAUCCAUGUGUUGUCACCCAGCCAUGCCCUCUGAAACUCUGUGUGGGCUGAAGGGUGUAUAUGUUUCUGUUUCCUUCUUUUUGUCAGGUAGAUUUACCCAAUCUGCCCUGUUUCUUGCUGUUUUAAUUCUUCUGAGAGAUGGUAUUAUCGUGUUUGCCAUACUUGGUGAAAUUUGUGAAUGUUGGCAGUGAAGGUUUAAUACAUGUCAUACAGCACUUAUUAUUUUCUAAAUUACAGCAUGUUUAAUUGUAGUAGAACGUUCUGAUUAUUUAUUGGCUUUUUAAAAUAAUAUUUUGUUGUCUGUGUUUUUUCCCUUGUUUCUUUGCUCAUGACCAAAAAUAAACGGUUUAAAAUAA